AUGACGUCGGUCUUACGAUUGAAGACUGCUGUCCACGCCGCAGCCAUUGGGCGUCUCGCCCGUAUGGGCCCUGAGGUGCCUGAGGAAUUGGGAGCCUCGGAAGCUCUCGUCACCGAUCCCCCCACACCAAGCCGCGCCCCCAAGCGCAGAGGCGCUCGUCCGCGUGCGCCCUCCGGUGGUGAUGAGGCACGAGUUCCGCCGGAAACCGGGACCGCAGUCCCGCCACCAGUACCCACGUGGACCCCCCGGGACCGAAUGAGGUUGGCGCGGUGGCUGAAACACUUGGUACGGUCCCCGCACUUAUAUGGCUUCCGGCCCAUGUGGGAGUGCCCGGGCUUGACCAGGCCCUUGCCAGGACAGAAACGCGUGCCUCACUCGCGGCCGCGGCCGCGGUUGGAGCGCUGGCCCGCGUGGCCUCGCGAGAACACGAGCAGCCACGAGCUGUGCCGAAGCCGCGGCGGCGCUGGGGCCACAGGCGGGGCCGCUCCUUCCAGUGUGUGCGCUGCUGGUGGAGCGUCAGGCCCGAGCUCCCGCUCAGGCGCUGACUGCACUUCGAACACUGGAAAGGAGCUGCCCUUGUGGGAGGUUCAAGUUGGAGCGGUGGCUGAAGUCCUUGCCGCCUCGCAGGCACCGAUGGCUCUGGGUUUAAAGAAUGAUAACACAUGUGCCAUUGUGUUGACCGUGAUCAUCACACUAGAUAGUCGCCCUUCCAAACCUUCUGGGAGUUUUCCUCCUUUAGGCAACCGCAGCACAGAGGAGCGCUUCCUCCUGCUGGGUUUCACCGACCAGCCCUCCCUGCAACCUGUCCUCUUCGCCCUGGUUCUCCUCUGCUACCUCCUGACUCUGACUGGUAACUCGGCGCUCGUGCUGCUGGCCGUGCGAGACCCGCGCCUGCAGGCGCCCAUGUACUACUUCCUCUGCCACCUGGCCUUGGUGGACACGGGCUUCACCACGAGCGUGGUGCCACCGCUGCUGGCCACCCUGCGCGGCCGGGCCCUGUGGCUAGAGCGCAGCGGCUGCCUGGCCCAGCUGGGCGCGUCGCUGGCGCUGGGCUCGGCCGAGUGCGUCCUCCUGGCGGUGAUGGCCCUGGACCGCGCCGCUGCCGUGUGCCACCCGCUGCGCUACGCCGGGCUCGCCUCGCCGCGCCUCUGCCGCGCGCUGGCCGUCGCCUCCUGGCUCGGCGGCCUCACCAACUCCGCCGCGCAAACAGCGCUCCUGGCCGCUCGGCCGCUGUGCGCGCCCCGCCGGGUGGACCACUUCAUCUGCGAGCUGCCCGCGCUGCUCAAGCUGGCCUGCGGCGGCGGGGGACAAAAGACCACCGAGCGCCAGAUGUUCGCCGCCCGAGCGGUCAUCCUGCUGGUGCCGUCCGCCGUCAUCCUGGCCUCCUAUGCUGCCGUGGCCCGCGCGGUGUGGGCCAUGAGGACCAGACGGAGCCGCAGGAAGGCGGUGGGCACCUGCGGGUCCCACCUGACUGCCGUCUGCCUGUUCUAUGGCUCAGCCAUCUACACCUACCUGCAACCCACGCACAGCUACGAUCAGGGUCGGGGCAAGUUCGUUUCGCUUUUCUACACUGUAGUCACGCCCGCCCUCAAUCCACUCAUCUACACCCUCAGAAAUAAGGAAGUGAAGGGGGCAGCGAGGAGGCUCCUGGGGAGAAGGCAAGCUUGUCAGUAAGUCGGGAGGGAAGGAAGUGUGACCCCAGGACCUAAGGAGGGGGAUGCUCCCUGGAAAGUCAGCCAGUUUAGGCUUCAGGCUGUUCACUUCUGCAUAAGAAUCUGCGAGGUUUGUCCUUAGGAAGUUCAAGGCUAAUGGGGGAGAUCCUUUCCUCCCAUCAGGAAAGGUUCAUGUGCUGUAGGGAAAAGUCCUGCCUUUAUUCCUGCAAGUUUAGUGAGGCGGAAGUGGCCUUCCGGCUUUCACCUAACCUGAAGAAGAAAGUCUGAUUUGGGGAGGACCUUCCCCAUCCUCAGGAGAUGUUAUAUCUACUGGUCAAGAGUACAUAUGUUGGUAGGAUGAUAUGCCAGGGAUUUCAGUCUGAUGGGAAGACCAGGAAGGACCCCAUGGUGCCUGCCAUCAGGUGGAGUCUUAAAUGACAAUAAAAUCAUAAUCUCUACCCUGCAGGAGCCCCCAGCCAGACAAUGAAACAUUGUCUCUCAUCUCAGGAAAUCAGUCCAACCUAAAGCCCACCUAUCCAUUUAAAUAGUGCCCACUGUAGAGUGCUUGACCCUGUUGUAAUGAGCAACACUUAUUGGUGUGGUUUGUGCUAAGUAGGGUUAAAUUCAGAUGAAGGAGUAAACAAAGGGAAUAAGAGGGAAGAAAAAGCUCUAUUAGCCAGAAUUUGGGCAGAGCGCUGGGGUCCACUUAGAGACCAAUCCCUCCCCCACCUCACCCAACCUAAAGAAGACCUGCUAGACCCCAGGGCAGGCAGAACAGAAACUGGUCCACAGUCCCUCGACUUGCAGAAUGUCUCUUCUCACCGGAAGCUCACCUGUUCCCAAGGAGCCCCCACUAGAGACAUAAAAUCUCUACGUCCCCAAGGCAAAUGUCUUGCCCUGCCCAUCGUCAUCCCCAGAAAUAAGAACGGUUUCACUGAGUAUGAGACACAGAGAGUAAGAGGGGGCACGGCACCAAGUUUUGUUCAUACCAAAGAGCUUUAAAUAAGGAGAGAAGUCGUUCAAUUGAAUUUCUAAAUUAUUUAUUAAUAAGAUUGUAACCAUGUCAGCGUAAAUCAUUCACUUCAUAACACAUCAUUUCACUAUUCUCUAUAAGUAGAAAGUC